AUGAGGGUAUUUUUAAAAGCAAACAGAAAAGCAGAAAAACAAUGUGUCAACAAAAAGAAGGAUUUCGAAAAAGAUUUUCACUUUAAAAUCCCAGAUAACAGACCACCUGGGUGCCUUACGAGAAGUCAGAAAAAAAUUCUAGAUAACUAUCUAAAGAAUUUUAUAAUAAUAGAGUUGUACAAAUGUAUGCCCCUCUUGGGUGACGAACAGAAUAUACCCAAUUGGGUAAUACAUGCUGCACAUUAUUGUGCUGUUUAUCCAAAUACAAGUAAUUGUAAAGGGUAA